UCCCCCGUUUGGGCGAACGUCUCCAUCGGAAGGGGGGGUUUUCUGUACUUUGCAGAAGCCAGAGCAGAUUUAUCCCGAUAGAGAAGCACCAGAUAUAGGCUGUGGGAAAAAAAACACACAGGAACCAUGGGAAAGCAGAACAGCAAGCUGACUCCAGAGGUGAUGGAGGAUCUGGUGAAGAACACAGAGUUUAAUGAACAUGAGCUGAAGCAGUGGUACAAAGGCUUCCUGAAAGACUGCCCCACUGGCAGGCUGAAUCUGGAGGAGUUCCAGCAGCUUUAUGUCAAGUUCUUCCCUUAUGGCGAUGCAUCCAAAUUUGCAGAACACGCCUUCAGAACCUUUGACAAAAACGGAGACGGGACCAUUGAUUUCCGAGAGUUCAUCUGCGCCCUGUCCAUCACAUCCCGUGGCAGCUUUGAGCAGAAACUCAACUGGGCCUUCAACAUGUACGACCUGGACGGCGACGGAAAAAUCACCAGAGUGGAGAUGCUGGAGAUAAUCGAGGCCAUCUACAAAAUGGUGGGCACUGUGAUCAUGAUGAAGAUGAACGAGGACGGUUUGACACCACAGCAGAGGGUGGACAAGAUCUUCAGCAAAAUGGAUAAGAACAACGACGACCAGAUCUCGUUGGAUGAGUUCAAGGAGGCGGCGAAGAGCGACCCGUCCAUUGUGCUCCUGUUGCAGUGUGACAUGCAGAAGUGA